AUGUGGAAGAGAAUUGACCCUCACUCCACCAAGAUCAAAGCAGGGGAUGGGCCUCAGACCAGCCAGUUGACCAGUCUGGAAUCAUCACCACCGAUAUCUGCCCUGCCCCAGUCUCUAGAGCUAUCAGACAUUCAGAUCUUCCCAGUGUUCGAGGACAUCAGUCAUCACAUCAAAAAAGCUGGCACCCAACUGGUAAAGAAAGUCAAUGCUAUCUUUCAGCUGGAUAUCACCAAGGACGGGAGGAUCAUUCUUCAGUGGACCAUUGACUGGAGUGGUUCUGGAGACACCUACUUGGAAUCUGCCCAGCUCCCAGAAGAUACUGUCUUCACCAUCCCAGAGUCUGUCUUCAUGGAGUUAGUUUUGGGUAAAAUGAACCGGCAAAAAGCUCUCCUGGCUGGCAAGUUCAAAGUAAGAGGCAAAGUUUUUCUGAGCCAGAAGCUGGAGAGGCUCUUCAAAGAUUGGGCUAGAUUUUAA